AUGUUCUCCUCCAAGAGCCGUUCCUUCGGCGGCAAUUCGUACCGCCCAGUGGGCAAGGACGAGUUCGACAUGGACGCGGUCGGCAACGACGCGUCCCUGAGCGAUUUCCUCGACGAGGCCGACUACGACUCGGUCGCGCCCAGCAGGUACGGCGCCGCCCCCGCCGAGGAUAGACGGCACGAGCGGCGGCCGGUGGACGAUGGCGGCAGGGCCGUGCCGGGCGGCGCAGCGGCUGCGCUGGAGCCGGUGCCGAAGCUCCAGGCUCCGAGCGGCGCUGGACCUCAGCGCUUCGACAUCUCGGCCGGCGACGAGGACCUGCUAUGA